AUGUAUGAAAAUCUGAUAAGAUUGUGGAAGAAGCCAUUGGUUAGAGAUAUGGAAGCAAUCGGCAAAACGCUUAUGGAAAUCAAGGAGGGACUUAAUCAUUUGGACGGAAUGAAGACAUUACAAGAAGAUGCACUUUUCUCUAUUCAUCGUAAAAUCCGUAUUAAUUUUCAUUCGAUUCAAAAAUUAAAAACUCACUCAAAAUUUGUUUUAGGCGAUGUUUACGAAAUUGAUGCUCUUUAUGCGAUUCUACGAUGUGACCUGGAUGCAUUUAAUGAAGCAAAUACUAUUACUCUCAGUUUUUAUGAAAACUGCGGAAACGGGCAAGAAUUUCCGAAUAAAUAUCUCAUGAUCGGCCUUCAUUUAAUGUAUCUUUUGGCUACAAAUCGUUUGGCUGAAUUUCAUAUGUUGCUUGAACAAGUUGAUCAGUCCGUGCAACAGCAGAAUCCAUAUAUAUCAACGCCAGUUAAGUUAGAGCAGUCACUUAUGGAAGGUGUUUAUAAUAAAGUCAUUCUUACGGAAAAAACUAUUCCAAGUCCUUAUUAUUCAAUAUUUAUACGAAUUUUAAUGGAUACCAUUCGUGGGGAGAUUGCUGCUUGCAUUGAAUCUUCUUUCACGCAAGUACCAAUUAAAGAUGCAACUCAAUUGCUUCUUUUUUCGAAUCAGUCGGAGGUGCAUCCAUUCGCAAAAAAACGCGGUUGGAAGUUUGAAAAAGAUGCUUAUGUAUUUGAUGUUGAGAAACCAGUUGAACCAUUACCAAAGGCACAUUUGGAUACAAUUCGUAUUGCAAAUCAGGCCUUGUUUUACGCGAAGCAACUCGAAAUGAUUGUUUGA